AUGAAGAAUUUCUUGAACCUGUCGAAAUGUUUCUCUGUUCCGUUUCUCGAGACAUAUUACUGUGUAAAGUUCCCUCCGAACUAUAUUCUUAAUUCCAAUGCUUACAUAUUACAUAUUUUUGAGGUUCGUGCCACGAUGAAAAUUGCUGUCGUGACAGGUGCCUCCUCUGGAAUAGGAAGGGCGAUCAGUGUACGCCUCUCACAAGAAGGCUAUGCUUUGUCACUGAGCGGGCGCGAUGAGAGAGCUUUAGCAGAAACUGCUACGAUGUGUAAAGAAGCAGGAGCCGGGAGGGUGAGAAUCACUGCUGGCGAUUUAUGUGACGAGUUGAAUGCCAAGAAGCUAGUUGAGGACACGCUGGAGGAAUAUCAACGAAUAGAUACUUUGAUAAAUUCGGCUGGAAUACUGGUGUCUGGAAACGUUCUGGACACUGAAAUCGAUCAAUAUGACCGUCAAAUGGAUGUGAAUGUGAGAAGUGUUGUGCGUUUGACAAGGAUAGCUCUCCCACACAUCAUCAAAACGAAAGGGACUAUAGUUUCUGUUUCCAGUAUCACAGGACCGUGUCCAUUUCCCGGCGUCUCAUAUUACUGCAUGUCUAAAGCAGCACUAGAUCAAUUUACAAAAUGUCUUGCUUUGGAGAUGGCACCACACGGAGUUCGUGUCAAUGCCGUGAACCCUGGUGUCAUUGUCACCAAUGUUCACAGGAGAUCUGGAAUGGAUGACAAGAGUUACGAAAAGUUUCUUGAGAAGGGGAAAGUAACUCACGCUCUUGGUCGCGUCGGGGAGGCGUCUGAAGUGGCGGAAGCCGUUUUCUUUCUCGCUUCAGAAAGGAGCUCUUUCACGACUGGAGAACUGCUAAGAGUGGAUGGUGGACGAGGAUUAAUGCACCCUCGUUAA